CCAAUCAUGAGAUUAACUUCAUAAAAUAGGUGGGGAAUUGGCGUCAUUUCUCGUUUAAAAACACUGGAAAAAAACUACGACGACGCAAGCAACCUAUAUCAGGUGAACAUCCUAUCACCUACAACGAAAACCCUCUAAUCCAAUUCAAAUUCAAAAUUCAAGCUAAAUCUCGACUUCAACCAAUUAAUUUCACUCAAUUUCAAUUUGAUCGCAUCGCCAAUUUCAAUAAUUCCACAUCGUUUCAGCAACAAUCAGCCAUCAUCAACUCAACAACACCGAAAAUUAGGGUUUUGUAGAAGUGAAUUUUGUUUGUUAAAUUGAUGGGAAUUUCCAAGGUUUCUGUAGAACCCUCAAACCCUUCCACAUCCUCAUCUUCAUCCUCUUCAAUUGCUGUUAUCGAGACCAUAAAUGGAAGCCAUGAAUUUAAGAUCAAUGGUUAUUCGUUAUCCAAGGGUCUGGGAAUAGGGAAGUACAUUGCUUCUGAUACUUUCAUGGUGGGCGGAUACUUGUGGGCUAUAUACUUUUAUCCUGAUGGUAAGAGUCCUGAGGAUAAUGCCAGCUACGUCUCGCUGUUUAUCGCCUUGGCAAGCGAAGGGACCGAUGUUCGGGCUUUGUUUGAAUUGAAGCUUGAAGAUCAGAGCGGGAAGGAGAUUCAUAAAGUUCAUUCUCACUUUGGGAGACCGCUUGAGACUGGACCAUACACUCUGAAGUAUCGCGGUAGUAUGUGGGGCUAUAAACGCUUUUACAAAAGGACAUCACUGGAGUCAUCUGACUACCUUAAAGAUGAUUGUCUUGUUAUCUCUGGCACUGUUGGUGUUGUGAAAUCACAUACUGAGGGACCUAAACAAUACUUAAUACCAGUCCCUCCCUCGAAUAUUGGGAAACAAUUUGGGCAACUUCUAGAGAGUAAAGACAGUACUGAUGUAAGUUUUGAAGUCGAUGGGGAGGUCUUCACUGCGCACAAGGUGAUCCUGGCAGCACGAUCACCUGUCUUUAGGGCUCAACUGUUUGGUCCAAUGAGGGAAAAGAAGAUGGACUGCAUACAGGUUGAAGACAUAGAAGCUUCAGUGUUCAAGGCUUUGCUGCAUUUCAUAUAUUGGGAUGAACUGCCAGACAUGCAUGAGCUAACUGGUUUAAAUUACAAUGGAGCUUCAACAUUAAUGGCUCAGCAUAUGCUUGCUGCUGCAGACCGCUAUGGGCUUGAGAGGCUAAAACUUCUAUGUGAGACCAAACUUUGUGAAGAUGUUGCUAUAAAUAAUGUAGCAACAACUUUAGCCUUGGCCCAGCAGCAUCAGUGUUUACAAUUAAAAGCUGAGUGCCUAAGGUUCAUUGCAUUGCAUGAAAAUUUAAGAGCCGUGAUGCAGACAGAAGGCUUUGAGUACCUCAAAGUGAGCUGCCCAUCGGUCAUUACUGAGCUACUGGAGUACGUAGCAAGAAUUACUGAACAUUCUAAGACCUCUUUUGGCUAUGGAAAUGAUGUCACUAUGCUGGAUGGUAGUGACAUGAAUGGCAGACGAGUGAAGCAGCGAUUAUUUUGAGUACAUAUACCUUCUAGAAUUCAUCCAAGUUGUUGGGACACUUAAACCAUGUAUUUGUUUGUAAGAAAUGUUGAAAAAAAAAAGAUACUUUGACUUGGGAUUCUAUGUAUGUUGAUAUAUAGCAUCAAUUCUUUGAGCACUGUUUUAUGGGGUUUCACGGUUUGUCAUAUAAGACCGUAAAUUAUAUUACGUUUAAUGUUGAAGCUUAAUUUAUAACACCCUUCUGUAA